CGCGCGAGCGGCCGCCACCAAUCCAAACGACAGAGCAGAACAAAUGUAUCCAGCCGAUCGAGCGUGUACCUACCGCUACCUGCGUGCCGUGCCAGCGUGCUGCUAGGCUGCUAGCUUCCUCGACCAAUCGGUAUCGCCAUGCCGCUCCUCCUCCUCCUCCUCCGUGUCCUGCUCCUGGCCGCUGGGCUCGCCGUCUCCCGCGGGUACCCCACUGCCGGCGCCGGCGAAGGCAGCCUGUACAACUCGAGCAUGUGCCAGAAGUCCUUCGCGUGUGGGGGGAUUAACAUCCACUACCCCUUCUACCUGUCCAGCGAGUCCAAGGUCGUCGACGGGGUGGCCUACUCCUACUGCGGCUACCCCGGCAUGGCCGUGCUUUGCGACGACAGCCGCGCCAACGCCACCGCCACGCUCCGGCUCGCCGGGGGCACCAACUACACCGUCCACGCCAUCGACUACGACAACCACACCAUCACGCUCGCCGACGCCGACGUCAUCAACGGCGUCUGCCCCAUGGUCCGCCACAACGUCAACAUCCCUCGCGAGGCGUGGCUCAACUUCACGCCCACCGGCAACAGCACCAUCUCCUUCUUCCUCGACUGCAGCUUCACCACAAACGUCACCGUCGCCCCUCUGCCGCCGCCUGAGCUCGUCCCGAUCAACUGCACCGGCUUCGAGCGAGGGCGCGGCCAGCAUUCCGUGCGGCUCCUCGUCGCCCUGCUUGUCCUCUCGUCGGCGCCACGAGCCGUGCCGCAGCCGCCGCCCGACCCCGGUGCCUACUUCCGGUACACCAACUGCACCCCGACGCCCUAUCAGUGCGGGUCACUCGCGUUCGAUGUCAACUACCCAUUCGCCGUCGACGGCGUGGCCCGGCCGGACUACUGCUCCUCCCCCGGGCACCGCCUCGGCUGCGCCAAUAACACUACGCUGGAAAUCUACAUGGAUUCCGGCGGGUCCUUCCAAGUCACGGGCGUCGACUACGGCAACCAGGUGCUCACCGUGAUCGACCAGAGCCUGGCCCACGAGUCAGCGUGCCCGCACGCCUACCGCAGCACCACCAUCGACGCCGCCGAGUUCGCGUACACAGACAGGGACCGGUUCCUGACGGCCUACGUGAACUGCACCAGCGCAAGCUCGUCGUUGCCGCCGGUGUACGACGCCUUCGCCUGUGUCGCCAGGGGGCGGGCGUAUUACAGGCUGGACAACGGCAUGUCGGCGCCGGAGGACGUGCUGGGCCUGGGGGUGGUGUGCAGCUCGACUUUGGUCGUCCCGUACGACUCGGCCAUGGCGGAUGCGCUGGCCGCCGGGAACGCCACCCUCGGGGACGCUGUCAGGGCAGGGUUCUCGGUGAGGUGGAAGGCCGGCGCCGGGUGGUGCGGCGAGUGCCAGGCCUCUGGAGGGCGCUGCGGGCACGACAGUAGAGCGCAGGACGAUCACACGUGUUUCUGCCCCGGCGGUCAGGCUAUCGGGUCGUGUCCUUCGUCAGUUUCAGGACCAAAGAGAACGAGCAAAAAUGCAAUAAUAGCAGUAGGAUGCUCCGCAGCAGCUCUGGUUCUAUUCGUGCUUCUCCUCGUGGUGUCGUUCCUGUACAUCCGCAAGAGGAGGCAGUACAAGAUGACCUCGUCGUCCAGGCUCCUCAAGUACAGCAACUCCGGCGGGACGCCCCGCUCCAGAGGCGGCAGCGACCUGGAGUCCAGCGGCGUCCACAACCUGCAGACGCACCACUUCGCCUACGAGGAGCUGGAGGAGGCCACCGGCGGCUUCAGCGACACCCGCGAGCUCGGCGACGGCGGCUUCGGCACCGUGUACAAAGGCCAACUCCGGGACGGGCGCGUGGUGGCCGUGAAGCGGCUCUACAACAACGGCUGCCGGCACGUGGAGCAGUUCCUGAACGAGGCCGCCAUCCUGUCGCGGCUGCGCCACCCGAACCUCGUCACCUUCUACGGCUGCACCUCCAGCCGCAGCCGGGAGCUGCUGCUCGUGUACGAGUACGUGCCCAACGGCACCGUGGCCGACCACCUGCAGGGCCACCGCGCCGCCGAGCGCGCGCUGCCGUGGCCGCUCCGCCUCAACGUCGCCGUCGAGGCCGCCGCCGCGCUCGCCUACCUCCACGCCAUCGACCCGCCCGUGGUGCACCGGGACGUCAAGACCACCAACAUCCUCCUCGACGCCGACUUCCACGUCAAGGUCGCCGACUUCGGGCUCUCCAGGCUCUUCCCGCUCGACGGCGCCACCCACGUGUCCACCGCGCCGCAGGGCACCCCGGGGUACGUGGACCCGGAGUACCACCAGUGCUACCAGCUCACCGACCGGAGCGACGUCUACAGCUUCGGCGUCGUGCUCGCGGAGCUCAUCUCGUCCAAGCCCGCCGUCGACGUCACCCGGGACCGCGACGAGAUCAACCUGGCCGCCAUGGCUGUGGGCAGGAUACAGCGGUCGGAGCUGGACCAGCUGGUGGACGCCGAGCUUGGGUAUGGCUCCGACGAGGCCACGACGAGGGCGAUCACGAUGGUGGCGGAGCUGGCGUUCCGGUGCCUCCAGCAGAACAGCGAGAUGCGGCCGCCGAUCAAGGAGGUGCUCGACGGUCUCAGGGGCAUACAACAGGGCGGCGCGAAGGAGAAGAAAUACGACGUCAUCGUCGUGCCCCGCUCCCCGAACACCGUGCACGCUCCUUGGGACAGCAUGAGCACCACCCCAAGCAUUAGCCAGUAGCGUACGUAGAGAUCGAUGGCCGGAGCUUCAAAAUGUCACCUCCCCUCCCGUUGUUGCAAAUCAGCGAAGAUGAAUGUAAAUAUAAAUGGCGAUUGUGUGUUAUCAGUGACAACUUGUAAAUACCGGUCAUGGUUGUAUUUCUGUUGUUGCAAAUCAGGAAAGAGGAAAGCAGUGUUUCUA